CCAAGAGUCACUGUCGAUACGCGGACGCUUCGUUGAGCUCGCCCGCUGCGCCCUCAUGUGUCGAAGCCGCCGCGAGCCAGCUCCCACAGUCCUGCCGCCGCCGCCGGUGGGCCGCCGCCGUCGCCCGGCGUGACCAUGGCCGACCCGGGGAGCCCCCGCCGGCCGUCCGGUGCGUCGGAGAGCUCGCCGCGCCCAAGCUACGUCCGUCGCCGAAAGCAACAUCAAGAUGGCGAUCACGAUGCCGCCUUCCCCCGGUCCCCCGGCCGGGCCCACCUUGGAGACCCGGUCUCCGUCCCCGCCAGCAGACGCAGCUCCGUCGUCGACAUGGCGCACAUUGACGAGAUGGUGCCCGAUGACAAGAUGGACACGGACACGUACGGCGUCUCGGAGCUGCGCGACGGCUUCUUCGACGCCAUGUUCCUGAAACCCUCGCUCCUGCACGAGCAAGAGCUGCUGGAGCACGCCGAGGAGACCCUGCCCGCCGCCUUUGACAAGGGCUCGCCGCUCGCCCCAAAGUACUUUCUCCCGCGGCAGUGGCAUGAGCUCAAGUCGCUGUACAGGCGCGUCACCAAGACGCGAGCCGGAAUCCGCCUUCUCAAGUCCUUUACUGCCUUUUUUGUCGCAUACGUCCUGUGUCUUGUCCCGGCCGUGCGCCACUGGCUCGGGCGCUACCCGUCCAUCAUGGUCGUUUCCGUCAUCAUCAACCACCCGGCGCGCGCCUUUGGAGCGCAGCUGGACGGCGCUAUUCUCACAGUCAUGGGCACCGCGGCCGGCCUGGGAUGGGGAGUCGUUGGGCUCCUGCUGUCCACAUCCACCCUCGCUGCCCAGGCCGGAUACGGAGGCAUCCUCGCCUUGUUCCUCGCACUCUUCAUGACGGCCGCCGCGUUUCUGCGUUCCUUUUGGAAUAGGUUUUACCAGGCAGCCUUGUGCGCUGGCAUUGCCAUCACCUUCACCACGUUGGCCGAGACGAGCAGCCACGAUAUUGCCUGGUCCAAGUUGCUCAGCUACGGCAUCCCUUGGCUGCUUGGUCAGGCGAUUGCCCUUGUCGUCAACUGCGUUGUCUUUCCGGAUGCCGGCGCUAGAGCGCUUGCCACCACACUGCACAGGGCAUUCUCGGCGAUGCAGGAGGCUCUGAUUAUCCCGCGACCCCGCGACAACAGGCUGCGGAGACGACUGGCCAAGACAUUCGUGGACUUAUCGACGGCAGCUCGCGAUCUGAGACUAGACAUUUCCAUUACCAGAUUUCGCCCAGAUGAUGUCGGAGACCUCCGUAAUCUGAUGCAGGCCGUCAUACGCGCUCUACUCUCGCUCGAGACGGAAACCUUCCUAUUCGUGGACUCUGACCAGGAGGAGGACGUUGUCAUCACCGUCAGUAGCCCGUCCUCCGUGCCUUUGGACACCGCAUCGUCCGUGUCCGGCGAAGGGGACAUCACUGCCAAAGUAGCCGGCGAGUUGUCUGCACCCACCAGAGAGGUCAUUUCAUCCAUGGCCGAAGGGCUCUUGCGCUGCCAUGCGGCGCUGAUCGACCUGUCAGGAUAUCGCAGGUACCUCGGGCCGGGAGCCCAUGUGUCUUCAGAUAUCGGACCUAUCCAGAUUCGAUUGAGGCAGGCAAAGGCCGCGUUUGACAUGGUUGAGUCUAGGCUGCUCGAAUCCGGCGAGCUGCCGCCUUCCACCUUGCGCGACUCGCAGGUUGUGCAGCUCUUCGUGUUCGCUAGACACGUCCGCGAGACUGCAGCCACCAUUGAGAAUCUCAUGGUCAAGGUCGAAUUGAUGCAGCACCUUUCAGAGUGGCCGCGCCUGCACCUGCCAUCGUAUCCCUUCAGAAAGGCACUGCAUCGCUCCAACGCUCAAGUCAGACACGACCGUGGAGGAGCCGCGGCCACGUCGUACGACAUGACGUUUAUAGGCAUUGCUCGCCUGCUCGACAAGCUCCAAUCGCGCGAGCAUCAUCCGCUCAAUAAAGACGACCCCGGAGACGAGGGCAUGGGUUUGAGACCCGAAGUGUCGCAUGCCACUAUGGAUGCCAAGGUCGACGGCUUCUCCCCCCCUAAAGAGUCGUUUCGCCACAAGCUCUGGCAUAUCCUCCAUCGCCUCCAGGGCUUUGAGAGCCGGUAUGCCUUCAAGGUCUGCUUGGUGACGACCCUGCUCUCGGUACCUGGCUACAUGGAUGUGAAUAGUUCCUGGUGGGACAAGUACGAGGUGUGGUGGGCUGUCACCAUGAGCUGGAUUGCGAUGCACCCGCGGAUCGGUGGCAAUUUGCAGGAUCUCGUCAUUAGAGCCUCUUUGGCGAUUCUGGGAGCCGCCUGGAGCGGGGCAGCGUAUGCUGCCGGCAAUGGAAACCCAUAUGUUAUGGCGGUCUUUGCUGCCAUCUACAUGAUCCCCAUGCUCUAUCGCUACACGCAAAGCACCCAUCCGCGCUCCGGGCUCGUCGGCUGCCUCUCAUUUACUAUAAUCUCACUUGGACUUCAGGUGAAUGGGACAGACGGCGAUACGUCUCCAGCCUUGCUCGCCGUGCUGAAGGGCACGGCGUUCGUCGUCGGCACGAUUGCCCCGAUACCCGUGAACUGGGUCCUGUGGCCGUUUGUGGCGCGGCAUGAGCUCCGAUAUGCACUGUCGUCCAUGCUCUUCUUUAUGAGCGUCAUAUAUCGCGGUAUGUGCGCUUGCGAAGCCGUAAGACCGAGCUGACCAGAGCAGGCGUCGUGGCCAAAUACGUUUACUUUGACGAAGGAGAGGACCCCACACCCGAGGACGUGCAGCGAUCCGAGCUGCUCGAGGGGCGUCUGCGAGAGGGCUUUGUCCGUAUCAGACAGCUUCUAGUAUGGACCCUGUUCGUGUUCGUAUCCCACCUGAGCCGGGCUGACACGCCUAUACUGUAGAUCCUCACAAGAAAGGAAAUGCGCCUCAGGGCGUCUUUCGAUGCGCGGCCCUACUCUGCACUCGCCGACACCUGCGAACGCUUCUUCGAGUACCUCAUUGCCGUCCGCCAGUCCGCACUGUUCUACAACCCGGGCCACAUACGCGACAAUCCCGUGGCGGCGCAGCAGCUCCUGAGCUACAGACGCGACGCAGUGGCGUCGAUACUGGCCAACCUCUACACCCUCGCCGGCGCCCUGCGAUCGCAGCGCAAGGUCCCCCGAUACCUCCCCAGCGCCGCCGCUGCCCGGAAAAGACUGCUCCUCAAGUCGGCUCAGGUCGAGGAGGACAUGUCGCGCAACGCCGAGCAAAGCGACGUCCAGUGGCACAAGAAGUGGAGCAACAUUUAUAGCUUCUCGUACAACGAGAGCCUCACGGGCUGCGUCGCGCAGCUCGAGGAGCUGGAGCGGUACACGAAGCUCAUUGUGGGCGAGCAGAGGUUCGACGACGAGUUCAAGGUCACAGGGCAAGCUCUGGAGAAUGACGGACACGAAAAAUCAUGACGGCAUGUAAUGACCAACGAGGGCGGCUACUACUACCCAUUUGAUACCCUAACUAGUUGAUACCCUAACUAGUAGAUAUGCC